CUUGCGAUGAGCGUUACACCACACGAGUGAGAUCGCGGUGUCUCUAAAAGGGCGAUUGCUCUCCUCUCUUCUCCACACUGCCACUUUUCCUCCCUCUUUCGUGGUGGUGUGAAUAAUGCGGCGCGAUUGUUAACGCAACGAAAAGCUAGGAAAAGCUCCUCGCCUUGUAAGGGAACAGGUAGCGCGUUAGGUGCACGUGUUUCCCUAUCGGAGAAUUAACAGCCGAUUUUGUCGACAUUCGCGCUAAGUCUCUUCCAUUGUUUUUCCCGAUGAUAAAAACGCAUUGACAAAUAAUUUCAUCAAAACUGUCCAUAAAUAUUUUAUGGUAAGAAAGGCAUGAGAAAAUUACAAGGUGGUCUCACGUGGAAAUUAAGUGUGUUAGAGAAAACGAUUAAAGAACGUGCGACUAUUGACGAAUUAUAUGCACUUUUCGGUUUUGUGUCAUACGAACAAUGUAGUUUCCGAUUAACAUUGAUGACUGGAUGAUAGCUUAUUCUCGUGCAAAUAUUCGUUCUCGCUCUCGAGAGAGAGACAUUCAGCAAAAUAAAGUACCAUUUAAAUCAAAAUAAGUCGAUCGUAAAGCUGUGCAAAUUCGUCGUCUACAAAAAAGAACUUGAACUCCGGCUGUUUGAAUUUGAAGUUAAUCUAUAUUAUCGCGGAGCGGACAAAUGCUUGCAACGAUGUAGAUGUGGUGUGGCAAAGUUUUAACAGAUAAAACUUUAAAGAAAGAAACAUGAACAUGAUUGAGUGAUCAAUGCGUGAAUUUGUUUAAAAAGUUUUCAAAUAGGAAGAUAUGAAGUAGCAGAAACUUUCAAAAUUCAGAGAGUUGGAUUGGAUGAAGCGAAGUUAAAAAACGGUUCAAUUCUGAGGCCAAUUCAACAAAGUUAAAUGGAAUGAAGUGUUACAUUUCGCCACGUACCAUUGAGGAACAUCCUAGAAAGUUCCACAAUGUCCAGCAUGCAAUGAUGGCGAUGUCGAGGCCGUGGUGCACAGGCCACAGCAGCGGGAAUAGAUAAGGCAGCGAGGGGCCGCGCGCGCCGUGCCAGUCAUGUGUAGUGUCAUGUGGCUUCUUCGGCUCCUGACGAUCUAUCGCUUGGCUCACCUCUCGGCAUCCGGUACGCAGACAGAAUUGCCUCUGGCGACGGACUCGAUUUCGACGAAAUCGACGACGGCGGCAAAGCGAUCUGUGCCGACGGAUGCACCAAUGCUGAACUACAUCUUUGACACGCACAGCACUCUGAACAAGCAUCAGCAUCAUCACGAUCACAAAUGGGGCCCUCACUUCGAAGGCGAGAGCUCCAACAUUACGGUGCAGGCUGGUGCUAGCGUCACGCUUGAUUGUAGGAUAUCGUUGCUGCAGGACAAAACCGUAUCCUGGUUGCGACGACAGGAGAGCAGCGAGAAGAUGAGACUACUGACAGUCGGCCAGCAGACGUACACGGGCGACUCGAGAUACACCAUCGAAUUUCAGUACCCGGACAACUGGCGUCUGCGUAUCAAGCGUGUUAACAGCAGCGACGAGGGCCAAUACGAGUGUCAGAUCAGUACCCAUCCACCAAAGUUCAUUUAUGUCAACCUACACAUUAACGCACCGUCCGUCCAAAUAGUGGACGCCCUGGGCGAACCACUGCGGGACAAGUAUUAUGAAGCGGAUAGCACCAUCGAACUACUAUGCGUCGUGCGUCAUAUAGCGAUGCAGGUGCAGUACAGCGUCGUCCAAUGGCUCCAUGGCAAUAGAGUCUUGAACUACGAUACGACGAGAGGCGGUAUCAGCGUGAAAACGGACCUGAUGGAAGAGGGGGCCAAUUCGACUCUCAGCAUAGCUAAGGUCGGACCUAUGGAUAGCGGAAAUUACACCUGCCAGCUUACCACCAUGCCGGACCAACCUGCCACAGUUCACGUGCACGUUUUAAACGGAGAAAGUUUAGCCGAGCUACAUCACAGCGGUGCACGACUCGCUCGAGCGGAUGUCGCUAGCUCGUCGCUACUCUUCCUGGCCGCCGUUCUAGCCCGAUCGGGUGGUCAGGUGCUCAGAUGAAGGCUCAACCUAGCUUCCUCGGGCAUUACGAGAGUCGCCCGGGUUAGGAAAAGAGCACUUGGUGGCGAUGGCAAAGGGACAGUGCUCCACAACGGUGAACGAGACAUUAUCACCUGUGCGCCGCGCGAACUUUUCUAUUAUCGUGACGGGAGUGGACACGAGGGCCAAAGAGGGAGUGUGUUACGUUAACAUAUUACGUUGACAUAAGGAACGUAUAGGGACGAAACAGAGGCGGUUGGCUGCGUCUCGUCUUGGAACGUUAUUCUAAACGCGAUAUAGAUCGCCCGGCAUUCGCGAGAUUCAUGUCGGAGCGUGUCUGUAUCGCGAGAUAAUACCUUCGUCAAUUCUCAGCGCAAUUUCAUUCGAGCGAUUGUACACGGAACGUAAAUUUUUCACGCGGGAUAGACACCUCGGUGAACGGCCGGCUUUUAAGAUCUUUUCAACUAGUUAAUUCACACGCGAGAGCCGAUGGGCAUUACACGCUCGUCGAUAAGAGUAUUAUGGAUUUAGUUAUUGUUUAUUCACGAUAAGUCGUUCACUGAUGUGCUUAUCUCAUUUUUAGCUCAGCUCGUGUUUGAAUUUCGCUCUUCCGCGAAAUUCCAUUAGGCUUGAAUAUUUCCGGGCGGACAAGACGCGCGCGUACCGACUAAAUUACCGCAAGUAUGUAUAACAUGCUUACCCAGAUGCGAAGCAAAUUAUUCGAUCAUUGUGAAACGAUACGAUGAUGCUGUUAACAUCGAUCGUGCCAUUCAACGCGCGUUUGAUUAUUCGAUAUAUAUUAGCACUUCGCCAAGUUAUUCUAGCGCGGUCGCUCUUUUGCAACAGAAAUGACCAAAAAGCUAUACAGUAAAAUCAUAAAUCCGCGUAUCGAAUAACCAAUAACCGGUAAACAAUAAAGGCUCUGGGCACAAACUGCUAACCGAGCUAUUGGAGUGGCUGCUAUCGCGUAUCACUAUGGACUGUGAUAAUCGAGACAAAUUGCGCUGUUCGAUUCGGCCUCCAUCCAUCACUAUUCGCACCAUUAUAUUACAAAAUUCUCUGCAUCCACCGAAGCGUUUUUUAGCGCGGAACGAGUGCGAGGAUUCACACGGGACUCGCAAAUUUUUCAAUUAACAAGAUCACGAGCUUCCAUCGUUUUAUCCAAUAAUAUUAUUUUAUUAUUGAUAAUUAAAAGGCGUCAAAUUUCUCAUCGAACGUACAACAUCGGUUAUCGGUCCACCGGAGGAGACUACCGCCUAUCGAUAAGGUCUGUUAAAUAUUUUGAGAUUAUUUUGAUUAUUAUAAUGAAUUUCAUUGUUAAUUAUGAUAAUAAUGUAAUAUGGAUACAUAUAUAUAUUAUACACACUGUAAAUUAAGUUAAUCUAUACGAUAACUUUUAAUGAAAAUUGUUAAAGAGAGAAUGAUUAAAGCUUUCCAAUAUCGGUGCCCGUUCUUUAUGACAGGGUGUUAAUGUAUGUUUGUAUAAAUUUGCCAAGAUACAUUCAGAUGCUGUACCUUUAGCUCGCGGCGUAUGUAGAAACAAACGCAUUUCAUAUAAUUUCGUAAUUAAAUUCGUGUUUUGUAAUUAUAUUAUCUCACACAGCAAAAUUUGUGACACAGCUUGUCAGGCCAUCAUCUGAAUGUAUGUUGUACAGUGAUGAAGGUACGCUUGUCUUUCAUGCAGCCAACCAAAUCUCCAUGCUAUGAGAGAAUGUGUGUGCGUGAGAGAGAAAGAGAGAGAGAAAGAGAGAGAGAGAGAACGAAAGAUUAUACGCUAUAAUAUAUAAAUUUAAGCCGAACCUAACGUUUUAUCGUGAGGAAAACGAAAUCACGUAAUAUAUGAUAUGCGUUUUACAAGAA